GCAUAAAACUUAACCCAAAUUUCAUCCGUGCAUAUCAUCCUGUUGAGUAUGUUUUUUAUCACGCUGGAGUCAUGCUGACGUGUAAUUUCAUUCGGAAAUUCCUUCUGGUCUGUGCUCAGAGUAUGGGGUACCCACAGCGCAGACCUGAAUCCUCGGUUAACACCCUAUGGACAGUCGAAUGAGGAGUAUCAAGUUGAAUGGAAAGAUCAUUAAUACUCACGUGACGUGACACCGUGCUUUUUUGAUUUUAUCUCUUUUCGACGACGUGUAAUAAUGCAUCACAACCGACACAUUUCACUAAUAAAUCAUGUGCAACUCCUUCGGAGCAAUUUGGUGUAGUACAAAACUGUUUUUUUUUUUUUUUUUAAGGAUCCAUCGUCGAGCUAAUAACGUCUUGACCACACAAGACAUGAAAAUGAACUACUACGAUUGCACAAAUCAAUGCCAAUAUAAACUAUUGCGUGACAUUGCGCAAUAGGUGAAUGAGCAGAAAUAAAAAGGUGAUAUUGGGAGUGGGAAGGCCAAAAUAUAUUAAUAGUUGCGUUGAAUAGAUAAGAAUAAUGCUAAUCUACGUUCGGGAUAAGAAAAUCAGCCAUCUUAACAGAAGCCGUGCACCAGUGACAGGUUGUUUGUCGCAUGUGUAAACACAUGUUACAUUUUUUGAACCGCUCGCCGAUCUCAAGUUGUUUUCAAUACUCUCCUCUAUGGAAUUCCGGUGAUUCUUAGACCGCGAUGGAAAUGUGAAUCAGAAGCUCGGUCUUCGUCAUCGUAUAAGAUAAGCGAUACGCCAGGAAUUAGCAAAAUAGGAAUCUAGAAACUAGGAAAUUUUUCAACAUCGAGAAUAAAAUUAUUUUUCCAACUGUACGGAGUGUGCGACGUGAAUAAAUUUUUCGAAUUAUUUCAGUCGAAUUUUUUUCAAUACCUGAAUCAAAGAUAAGACAAACGACGUGACAUAAUCGCAGACUAAUUGUGAGUAUACAUCAAGAGGUAAACAUUAUCUGAAUCAACAGACAGACGGCUUGAGGAAGAACGAUAUCUCGCGAAGCGACGAGCUCCAAUAUGACACUGUACCUAUACGCUCAUCAAGAGGUGGAGAAAUUAGAAAAUUAUAAUCCCACGGAAUUCGAUCUUACACAAUACUAAAUAAUCACAGAUACAACGAUUAAGAACCUUCGGUGGGGGUGAUUUCCACCCAUUAUCGCCUUCCGAACCCUAUCUUAUCAGAACAAUGAUACGGUAAAUUUUGCCAAAAUCAGUGACGGCGAUCAUUCAGUAUGGUGUAAUUGAACGGAAGCCACCUCAGUUCAAAGCAAUCGACGAUUUGCGAUUGAAAAUGAAGCACGCGGAAAUAUUGUGGCUGCAAUACGCCGCGGGAAUAGCGUCAAUGUUGGUGGUCUUCACGAACGGAAUAAUGGCCGGAUGGACAUCACCGUAUAUCGCCAAGUUGACCGCGGUCGAUUCACCGCUACCGAUCACCAAAUUCGAAGCAUCUUGGAUCGCAUCCAUGCAGAACCUCGGGCGACUCGUGGGUGCGCUUCCGGGAGCUCUGACCGUCUCCUACUUCGGUAGCAAAAAAACCCUCCUAUUCGGCCAACUCUUUUUAAGCAUCUCCUGGAUUUGCCUGAUCUUCGCUGACUCCGCGACGUGGUUAGGCGUGGCGAGAACUUUCUCGGGCAUCAGUUACGGUAUCGCCUUCACCAGCUUCCCUAUUUUCCUCGGUGAGAUAGCAAGUCCUUCGAUACGCGGCAAAUUGAUCGCUCUGACGAUGACGGGACGACAGUGCGGUUCGCUUCUGGGAAAAAUCGUAGGUGCCUACAAGUCAACCACCGUAUUCGGCUACAUCAGCCUCAUUCCGACCGGCAUUUGCAUUCUGAUUUUCUCCUGGCUACCGGAGUCCCCUUAUCACCUCGCUCGGCAAAAUAAGAUCCAGGCGGCGAAGGACUCCAUCGAACGGUACAACCCGAGGGUGAAUCCGGAAGCGGAGCUCGAGUGUAUCCGAGUGUUCGUCAACAGUUCGAAAUCUGGAACGAUUCGCGAUAAGCUGAGGGAAUGCAUGAUACCGGAGAACCGUAACGCCGGCAUGAUAGUCGUGGUUCUCUUCUUUUUCAUGCACUUCAGCGGCUUGAACAGCAUUGGAUUUUACAUGGAAUCGGUUUUCACCGACGGUGGUUUAACGGUGAUCCGUCCUGCGGAAGCUGUAAUAAUAACCUCGUCGAUAGGAAUCCUGUCGGGAUUCGUUUCGGUAUUUUACGCCGACAAAUGCGGACGUCGAAUAUUUCUGACCGCCUCUAGUUUCGGAGUCGCAGUUUCACUGUUCGCCCUGGGGACCUACUACGCCCUGUUCAAGGAGGGUUCCGGUCCUGCAGGACUGCAGUGGUUGUUAUUAGCCUCGAUAGUGAUGUGGGAAUCGACCGUGUGCACCGGAGUUUUUUCGGUUCCCAGUAUGAUGCUCAGCGAGUUGAUAGCCCCGAACAUAAAAAAUAUCGCCUCGUUCGUGAGCAACGUUUCGAUCGGGUUGUUCUCUUUCCUCGCAACGAUAACCUACCAGCCGAUGAUCGACGGGGUCGGAGAGGAGAAUGUCUAUUGGUCGAACGCGGCACUGAUGGUAUUAGCGAUGAUAUUCGCGUUGACGAUGAUGCCGGAAACUAAAGGCAAAACUCUACAGGAGAUCCAAAACAUUCUGCAUGGAAAAUAGUGCGAUCUCAUUCACGGAGUGAUUAAAUUAAAAUCGGCCAACGAAAUCGCGAGAUGAGUUAUCUCGGCUUAUUGAAAGUCAUCGUGCUUAUCGUGGAUAUCGCUUUCGGGGGCUCAUGUAUACGAAGAGAGAAUUUUCACUCCUCGUAAAACGAAUCUCUUUACGGUAAGCCUUCGUCGCGUCGUAGAGUCGAACUUGCCCACCGAUUAUCUAUCUCCAGGCUGUGAACCGACGGGCAAGACGACGGGCCCGUCCAGAUAAUUCGAUAAACGACAACGAACGCAAUCGACGGUCAAGCUGUGAUUGAUUUACAAUCUGAUGAAAUAAAAUGUUGCGUCGUUUAAUAGCGUCGUACAAUUUGGUCAACUCCGUUAAUGAACAUUCAACCCCAUACGAAAGUUGAUUCUUUCUCUCUCCUCACUUUCUCCAUCUGUUUCCACCUGAAACAACUCGCCGUAUAACGUCACUUUCACCUCAUUUUUUCCAUCGAACAAACCUGUCACGGUGAAAAACAAUCGUCGUGAGUACGUGACUCACAUCGGUUCACAGGUGGACCGAAAGAAUUGCCUCCGGACUACCAUCUCCGCCCUCGGAAAGCUCGAAACAAUUGCAGGACUAUUUUUGACCCAAAUCUCAGAGGGGCGAUUCUCUAUGGCGAAAAGUUGCGUCUACGGAAAGUAUAUAUCUCAUCUGGGAACCAA